UGAAUAUCCAUAGAAAAGCUUGAUUACCAGUGAAUUCAGUCCAUGGGCGCAUAUGUGUCUCUCACUCAUAUACUCCAGGGAUCUUCAUUUUUCUUGUCCAUACAGUUGAUACCUACCGAUCUGUCAAGGGCUUCAUUUUUUACCCACAUGUAAUGAGAACAAUGUGGCGGAAUACUCUCACACUAUUCCUAGCUAUCCAAUCAAUGCACACCGUACAAGCAUUGUCUCUUGCGAAAAGAGACACAGCUGCAGUACUAGCACUGGACGUCUCUCGCAAUCAUGUAUCAGAUCCGGUUGCUCGAGAUAUGAGAAGGAAGAGAAGCUUGACCGUCAGUCAGGCGCUCAAUAACGAGGAAACGCUAUACUUUUGCAAUAUCACAUUAGGCACACCCGCGCAGAGCUUACGAUUGACACUGGAUACCGGAAGUAGUGAUUUAUGGGUUAAUGCUCCCAAUUCUACCUCCUGUAGUGGUAGAGUCGACCAAUGUACUUCCUCUGGGACGUAUAAUACGAGUUCCUCGUCGAGUUAUAGACAUGUUUCUUCCGAUUUCAACAUCUCCUACGUCGACGGCACUGGUGCCGCAGGUGAUUAUGUCACUGAUACUUUAACCAUUGGGGGAGUAACGAUUCCAGCAUUUCAGUUUGGAGUGGGAUAUUCGUCAUCAUCCAACGUGGGAGUACUCGGAAUUGGGUACACUGCGGACGAAGUUCAAGUUAAUCGAGACCAGAAGGCAGCCUAUGCGAACCUUCCAUUGGCGCUGGUCAACCACGGCCUCAUCAACUCCAAUGCAUAUAGUUUGUGGCUCAAUGACCUCAACGCCAAUACAGGAUCAAUUCUCUUUGGCGGAGUCGAUAGCGGUAAAUAUACUGGCGAGCUUGAGACGUUACCAAUACAGAAAAUAGAUGGUGAAUAUGCGGAGCUUCUCAUAAUCAUGACUGGGGUUGCGCUGCAAAACAGUUCCGGCGGCCAGUCAUACAGUUCCCAGGAGCUUCCAGCCACGGUGCUGUUGGAUUCCGGAAGCAGUCUCACUUACCUCCCAGAAACGAUUGUCGAGGAUCUUUACAACGACCUUGGAGUGGUCUAUGAGGCGUCGACGCAGACUGGUUACGUGCCUUGCAGUAUGAUGAGCGAGAACAUCAAUAUUACCUACACCUUCACAAGUCCGUCAAUCCCUGUUGGUAUCAGCGAGCUGGUUCUAGAUAACGGAUCUGGCUUGACAUUCAAUGACGGUACACCUGCUUGUGUCUUCGGUAUUGCACCAGCCAGCGAUAGUACUGCUGUCUUAGGAGAUACAUUCCUUCGAAGCACUUAUGUUGUAUAUGACCUAUCAAAAAACGAGAUAUCCCUGGCUCCAACGAGGUUUAAUUCAACAGAUGAGAACAUCCUGGAGAUCACUAAUGGAACACGGGCUGUCCCAGGAGCUACUUCCGUGGCCAACCCUGUGACUACCGUCGCCACCGGUGUCGGAGCAGCUUGGACGGUUUCACCAGCUUUAAUCACAAGUACUUCCAGCUCAGGUGUUGCAAGAAGCAUGGCUUCUGAUAUACCUCGUCAUCUUGGCCUUGGGGCUGCAGGGGCAGGGAUUCUGCUAGCAUUAUAG